AUGUGUGAUACCAACGCGCGGCUGGACGGCAAAGUGGUGGUGGUGACCGGUGGCAGUGCUGGAAUGGGUUUGGAAGCCGCGAAGAAUUUGGCCAAUCGUGGUGCUAAAGUUAUUAUUGGAAGCCGAAACGAAACCAGACUGAAAAACGCCAGAGAAGAAAUUAUAUCAGCUACGGGCAAUCAAAAUGUCGCUUACAAAAUUAUUGAUUUAGGUUCAUUACAAUCAGUGAGGAGCUUCGCAAAUGAAGUUAAUAUGGAAAAUACGAUAGAUAUUUUAGUAAACAACGCGGGAGCAGUUGCGUUACCUGAUAGACUGACAGCAGAUGACCUAAACCUAACAAUGCAAGUGAAUUUUUUCGGCGCUUUCCUGCUUACAUUUCUAUUACUGCCUAAGUUAAGAGCGUCAGCGCCUAGCAGAAUAAUCAACGGUGUAGCAGCGUCAAUGUAUGUCGGUCACAUCGAUUUUGAUCAUUGGAAUGAUGUUGGACGGUAUAAUAUAAUAUCUAGUCUAGCUAAUUCUAAGUUAGCUGUAUCAUUGUUUAAUGCAGAACUGGACAGAAGAUUACAUAAUACGUGUGUUACUGCUAAUACUUUUGAUCCAUUUGUGGUAAGAGACACCGAUGUGCUGAGCAACGUACCCAGUAUCGUGCAAGAUGUUUCUAAAUUUUUCAUAAACAUGAUUGGACAAAGGAAAGAAGAAGUGGGUCAGCAGAUAGGAUACUUGGCGUCAGCACCAGAGCUAGAGAAAGUCAGUGGCAAAAAUUACAAGUUUUGUAAAGAGUUCAUGAAUCCUUGGAGCACAAAAGAUAGGCUGUUGACCAAACGUUUGUGGGAGGAGUCGAAGAAAGCUGUUAAAAUAACCAGUGAAGAAGAUUGGGAGAGUCGUAGUGAACAAGUAGCUCCCUUUGGAUAA